AGUUGGCUAUGAAGAGCUCUCAUUCCGUACGUCACUGUGGAGGCUGUCUGCAACAUUAUCCAAAUCAAGAUAUCUCGUGACCGUUCAAUGUGGGCGAGACCAAAGUCAAGUGUUACCAGAAGAAGCUGGCUUACCUUGGCUACUCUCGGCAAAGGUCCUCAACAUGAAUGUCGACGACGAGUAUGGAAGUGUACACUGGCAAACCGCUACGGAUUUAGAAUCAUCACGAACUGAACAUGAUUCGGAUCCCUUUGCAACAUUUGAUGUACAGAAACCGUCUUUGACUAGGAAUAUCAAUGGAUAUGAGAAUCAUGCCUCCAGUUCCAGCGGAUAUGAUCGUGAUACUUUCAAUGCCAAGCAUUCACCUGACACAGCAAGCCAGUCCAAAGACACCAAUACAUCAAACGACUCACAUUUUAUUGCACAACCUAUGACGAUUACAAUUACUGAGCCGCAGAAGGAGUCGGAGGGCUCAUCUGGAACCUAUAUCUCUUACUUAAUUACCACUCAUACUAGCAUCCCGACGUUCAGUUCGCGAUCUCCAUGUCGUGUGCGACGGAGGUAUCAAGAUUUCGUUUGGCUGUACAACGCACUGACCUUUGAAUAUACUGCCAGUAUUGUACCACCGUUGCCAGAGAAGCAUAGAAUAGAAUACCUUAAAGGAGAUCGAUUUGGAACGGAAUUUGUGGAGAGACGUCGGCAAAGUCUGCAGUGGUUUUUAGAUAGAAUCGCACGGCAUCCGCUUUUUCAACAAUCUCAAAGUACCCGAGUUUUCCUUGAAUCUGCAAAUUUCAAACAUGACAAACAGCUUCAGACUGUACGAGACCCUUCCAGUGGGUCAGUGAUGGAAACCUUGAGUGACACUUUCCUGAAUGCAUUCACCAAAGUUCAAAAACCAGAAGAGCGCUUUGUGGAUAUGAAGGAGAACAUCGACAAAUUGGCUGACAAUCUCAAUACUGUUGAGCGGCUCUAUAGCAGAAUAGGCAAACGCCAACAAGAUCUGUCCCAGGAUUAUGCCAUGUUUGCCAAUAGCGUCGAUGGGCUUUCAAAUCUUGAAACUGGGAUUUCUUCACAAUUAGGCCAAUUCGCGGAAACAUCCAGAAAGUAUUCGGGAGCAAUCAAAGAGAUGUGUGAUAAGGAAGAUUUACUGUUUCUAAACCAAAUCCACGAGUAUCUAUCGUAUUGCCAAGCAGCCAAAACAUCACUUCGCGCCCGGGAUCAGAAACAGGUUGACUUUGAGGAAUUGUCAAACUAUCUGCAGCAUACCAUUCAAGAACGUGAGCGAACUAUGUACCCUGGCAGAAAGCUUGGUGAUCGUCCGGCUGUCAAUAUUACUGGAUUCCUCACUGACAAGGUAAACGAAGCUCGAGGAGUCAAUAUGGUGCAAGCUAGGCAAGAGAAGCUAGAGAGACUUGAGCACAGAAUAGCUGAGCUGCAAGACGAGGUUGCUAAGAGCAAUGAUGUAUCUAAUAUGUUCUCCAACCAAGUUAUGAAAGAGUUUCAAGUUUUUGAGAAAGCAAAAACGGCUGAACUCAGAAAUGGUCUUUUAGAUUAUGCCGAUAGCCAUAUUGAAUUUUAUAAGCAAGGCGCUAGUAUUUGGAACGCUAUUAUUCCGAUACUGGAGGCCACUGACGUUCCUGAGGACUAAAGAGGUCAUACAUCGACUGGAUUUUUCGCUGGAAACAUCCUUAGUAAACUCUCCUUGUACCCUUUCCUAUGUAGUUUUCCUUUCUUUUCACCAUGCAGUCCUUACAAUCAAUACUGUCGUACGACGACAUUGCAUAAAUAGUAUUUUGACAAUAGAAUCCCUUCGCAGAUUUUGCCAAGAAGAUGGUAGGAAUAGUUGCCGUUUAUCACAACUUUUUUUUUGAGUGCAUACAAAUGUAUUCUAAGUGGCUGCUUACACUUACCCCCUGACAAGCUACAGGUGGCCAUCC